CCAUCAAACGGUAUGGGUAGAACACUUCCUGAUGUCGAUGCCCAGCUGUUGGCAAAUGACCCGCAUCUCCAGCAUCCGAUAACAUCGUCUCUUCACACAGGACUGCCCUCACUGUUUCUCAUCAUACCUGCUCAAAACACGCCGCUAGCGACUACGACGGCAAUGUGCUGAGCGGAAUAACUCAAAUAGGCUUAGAUUGCCCAGUGGAUGCGAGUGAAUCCUUUCAAAUUGGAUUUUGUGUGUCCUUAAGGUCGUGCUGCAGUACAGCGACAUAAGCUUCGCGUUGACCGGCGCGUGCAUCUCAACAGCGGGGUCGAGGACAGUGGCAUAUUUUCAUUGACAGAAUUACUAAAGAACCGCCACUUGGGAUGGCCUUCACCAACCCUACCAUGCAGAUAUUAGCCAUGUGAAAGAUCUGGAAAAACAAAAUGGGGAUGGCUGAGAGGUCGUGUGUGGCGGUGAGCAGCUGAGGUCGGCUGUGAUCUGAGUCUUCUCUUCUGACUGAGAGCAUGUACAGAAGGAAUGGACUCCCUGCCAGCGUCAGCAUCACCUCCCGCCACACACAGGACAGCAGUAGUUCAGAGUCCCUGGAUGGACGGAGUUUGGACUCUGCCAAGAGCUUUGACGCGGUGGUGUUUGACAUGCUCAAAGUGACACCCGAGGAGUUUGCUAGUCAGAUCACUUUGAUGGACGCUCCUGUAUUCAAAGCGAUACAGCCUGAGGAGCUGGCGAGCUGUGGAUGGAACAAGAAGGAGAAGCAUAGCCUUUCACCCAACGUUGUGGCCUUCACACGGAGAUUUAACCAGGUAAACAAUAUUGUGCUAGUCAGUUCACUAGGCGCGUUUCCAUUACAGAUUUGCGCAAAACUUUGGCGAUAUUUUAUAAAUGUCGAUAAAAAAAAACUCCUGGAGCUGAAUAACCUGCACUCUCUGGUGUCAGUGGUCUCUGCUCUUCAAAGCGCACCUAUCUUCAGAUUGAGCAAGACCUGGGCGUUGAUCAGUCGAAAGGACAAGGCCACAUUUGAGAAACUUGACUUCCUGACGUCAAAAGAAGAGAAUUACAACCGCAUGAGAGAGUACAUCAGGUCCCUCAAAAUGGCCCCCUGCAUCCCCUACCUAGGAAUUUACCUGUUUGAUAUGACCUACAUUGACUCCGCCUACCCUGCUUCUGACAGCAUCAUCGAGACUGAGCAAAGAACCAAUCAGAUGAACAAUCUACUGCGCAUCAUCUCCUAUCUACAGGUGUCCUGUAACUACGAUCAUUUAGUCAUGUUACCACACGUGCAGAAGUAUUUGAUGUCAGUGCGCUACAUCGAGGAGCUCCAAAAGUUUGUGGAGGAUGACAAUUACACACUAUCAUUGAAGAUUGAGCCUGGGAACAGCUCACCUCGUCUGGUAUCCUCCAAAGAAGACCUUGGAGGACCCUCAGAAGAGUCUGUCUCAGUGAGGUAUAACCGACGACCAACCUGUCCUGAUACAUCAGUGGUUGCCCACCUUCCAACACCACCUCCUGCCCGACACAGGAAGAGCCACAGUCUGGGGAACAAUAUGAUGUGCCAGUUUGGUGUGGUGGAGAGUAAAAGUGCGACAUUCCCUGCAAAAGAAAAGGCUCGACACCUACUGGACGACAGCUUCUUAGAGUCUCACAGUCCUGUCAGAAACCACACACACGAUUCAGUAUUUACCAACGGCAUCUCACUUGGCAGUAGAGAGAGCUCUUUUAGUGAUGAAUUAUCAAGUACAGUUGAGAGAGGACGUAUGUACGCGACACUUGGUCCAAAUUGGCGAGUCCCAAUCUGUAACUCUCCCAGAAGUAGAGGUUAUAUUUAUAGUACCCCAGGGGCAGUUUCCAGCUAUGAAUGCAGUUCUCUGAGCAGUAUAACCAUUGAAGGGCCCCUGCGAAGAAAGACACUGAUGAAGGAGGGUAAAAAACCCACUCUCUCAUCCUGGAAGCGCUACUGGAUUGUCUUAUCUGGCUCCAUUCUCAUCUAUUUUGGUUCUAAAGCUCUAAGAGCAAAUGAGCGAAGACAUUAUAAAUCCAGGCCAUGUAAAAAGAUCACGCUCACAGGUUGGAUGGUGGUUCUGCCAGAAAACCCUGAUCAUCCAAAUAUUUUCCAGCUUACUGAUCCUGAAAGAGGUAAUGUUUACAAGUUCCAGACUGGAUCACGUUUCUCUGCGAUUAUCUGGUACAGACAUUUAGCCGAGGCGUGCAGGAGUAUAAGACCACAGAUACCAGCAAACCUCAUGUCCUUUGAAUAGCUGCUUUUUGGGAAGUGGAAUACAGAUGAAGAGAAUAAACCUCAUGGAGAAAGACAUUGCAGAAGAGUUUAUGCGAGGGGGCAGCAUGUUGGACCUAACAUAGUUGGAAAUGUGGCAGCUGUAUCUGUUGAAAAAGUCCAAAAUUCUUUCAGACAUUGUUGACACAGCUGUACUGAGAGAGGAUGGUCUUGUGUCUUCAGUUUAGUGGUAACACUUUACAAUAAGGUUCAAUUUGUUAACAUGAUAUAAAGGAAUAGUUCG